CAAAGUAAUGUCAAAAUGUCAUUAAAACGCGCUCUUCGGUUCGGUGUAUAGCACUGCAUUAUUGUUUGUUUAUUAUCUAAAUAUCUAUCAAAUAUUUGCAUACAUUUUAAUAAGUCAUCAAAUAAAUACAUUAUUUAACGAACUGCACCAGAUAUUCAACAUGGGAGACGAGGAUGUUAUUCGCAGAAGACUCUUAAUAGACGGAGAUGGAACAGGAGACGACAGGAGACUGAAUGUGCUGUUAAAAACAUUGAUAAAAUGGUGUAACAGCACUGAUGACAAACCUGAAGAAAGUAAAGCAACACACGACCGAAUGCUUGCCCAGCUAGCACAAUGUGAAUUUGCCGUGACAAAAUCUCAACUAGGCUCCGAAAUGAUGUCAGCCGAGCUACAAAGUUACGAAGCAAUGUCAAAAGUACUGGAGAACUCAAUAGAAGUAGCCAAAAGUCACAUAGAAAAGAGUAAAGCUGACCUCGCUCAAGCAAAGACAGUGCGUAAAAAUCGCAUAGAGUAUGAUGUGCUAGCAAAGGUAAUUAGCGAACAGCCAGACAGGAGAGAGACAUUAGAACGCCUUGGCACUUUGAAAACAGAACUGGCCAAUCUGGAGUCCACAAAACAGCAGUUGGAAAGCCGUUUAGCUUUAAGAAAAAAACAGUUUCAUGUGUUGGUUACUUCUAUACAUCAACUACAAGCAUUGCUGGAUGAACCUGAUGAUACGGAGUCUGUGUCUGAUGAUGUUGAAAUGAAGGACAAUUUGAAGGACAUUCUGAAUGAACCCUAGUGUUACUAAUUAGGUUUAGUGUUAUGUAGCUCUACUAUAUUGAAGGAAACUGACAAAAUAGUAUCUGUAAAAAUCCUUGAUUUGUUCAUAAUCAUCAAAGUUCACAGCCAGAUUAAAGUUCUCUUGUGCAUAAGCCAUUAUCUUUUUGUCAGUUUGGUGAUAGCUGGUUAAAAGGUCAGGUUCAUCAGUGAUGCUGACCAGUCUGUCAAAUGUACAUUUAAUCACCUGGUUGACUCUUAUAACAACUCACAGAAAACCGGCAUGAAAUAACCCUCGCGUUGUGUUGUGAUGUGUGAGUGAGGUUACCGGAAGCCCAAUUACCUACCUUUCCAUUCCCCAUCAAGCCAAAAAUUCCUAACCCUCAAAAGGCCCGCAAAGCACUUGUUAAAUUGAUUGUUUAGUUUAAUCACGUUAUAGGGUCCAAAUGUUUCUGCAUGUAUAGUUGAGCUAUUCUGUGUAUUCGAUAAAAUAAGGAAGAUUAUUUUCUAUUGACUUGUAAUAAAACAUACCAUCAUGUAUUUUGAUGGUGUUCCAA